CCAGCUCCUCGUCCACGGCCGGCAAGGCGACGGCCGUCGCUCCCCGCUCGCAGCCUGACGGCCAUCGUUGCUUCUCGCCUGCGGCCGGCCAGGCGGCGUUUCUGGUGCCGCACCUCCUCUCCUUGCGAGGGGCGCUGGCGCGCCAGGCGUCUCACGCGUCCUUAAGGAACGAAGUCGACGACCACCGUCGGCGGCGACGUGUCACACGGGAGGUCAUCUCCCUUCUCCGCAUCGCUGGGGCGAUGCGGCCCCCAAGAGCCCUGCCCGCCAUGGCCUCCGACGUGCGGCUCUCCCUGCCGUGCCUUCUCCCCGUACCCCUCUGCUCUCGCACGUGGCGAUUCGCCGCUCACCCCGCGCUGCCGCCGCAGUGUGCACCACCUCCCGAAGGUGCCGCGUCUUGACAAUGGCGGCGGCGGUGCCGAUGCGCCCCCGCGCCCGCCGCUGCCGGUGGUGGGCUGACGCAGCCAAGGGCAAGGCGCAGGGCCAGUUCCAGCAGCAGCAGAACGAUGCUCCGCCACUGCAGCAUCAUCGAGCGCAAGCAGACGAAGACCAUCGAGGAGAUGGAGCAGGAGUUCCUCCAGGCGCGCCCCCAACCCGCCUCGACCCCGUCAUUUUUUUUUCUUUUUACUUAUACCCGGUGGUGAAUUAAACUGAAUUGAAUCGAGGUAUUUGCUGCAACUGGCGUUUUGGUGUUCUCCUACGACAAGAAGGCCAUCAUGUCCAACGACGAGUUCGAUUACCUCAAGGAGGAGCUCAUGAGGGAAGGCAGCAGCGUUGUCAUGGCCCGGAUGAGCAAAGGCUUUUUGAAGCCACCAUGGCAAUGGCGCUGGCAACCCCUCAUGACCGAUGCUGCUGAAUUCGAUGACCUCAAGUUCAGAUUAAAGGGUUUGGAUGCAAUGGGGAAGUUAGGUUGCUAUUUCAAAAAGAUCAACAUGAACAUUUCAAGGUAUGAAACCAUUGAAAUGUGUCCUUUCCUCCUUCGUUUGUCCACUGCUUACCUCCAGCUGAUCAUAUCCCAGUUAUUGAUGUUCCAAGUGUGAAAAUGCUGACAAGUUAUGGAUCCUCUUGUCUUGUCGAUAAUAUAUAGGCCCCGUUUGGUUCACGCUACGCUACGCUACGAGAGAAUCUUCUAUGCAUGAAGCAGUAAAUGAAGUCAAUUUGCAAAACCUUUUCAGGGAUGUGUGUAACUUUUCGCGACGAAUCUAAUGACAGUAAUUAAUAGAUAAUUGGCUACAGUGAUGCUACAGUAACUAUUCUCUAAUCGCGCG